CGACAGACUCGGCCAGGUGUUAGACAAGCAAGUGUAUCAAGCAGUAAUAAAGUACAGUGUUUUCUCAGUCAUUUUCCGUUUAUUUCAAGGCGUCCUGGGUGGCCUGAACAGCCCAGGUUGUUUAAACUAACGACGCACUCCUGCCUGCAGGCAUGGGGUUGAACCCCCAAUCCCCCCUCUUUUAACUUCUUUGUUACAAUUAUCAUGAGAUAAUUUUCAAUUCAAUAUUUAUUCUAAACAUAAUCAGGCAGCGGGAGUGACAACAACUCGACACUUGUUAUUUAUUUGUUGAUUGGCUUUUUUUUUUUUUUUCUUGUAUCAUGGAUGGUAAUAUUUUAUUUAAAAAAAUUAGAAGUUUAAAUAUGGUGAAAAAAAAUUUUUUAUGGUUACUGAAUAUUACUAAAAAUGUAAUUCACAACCGUUAUUACUGAACAUUAGUUAUUUAAUUCAAAUAAAGUGUUUAUAGUGUUACACUGCAUGAACGUAGUAUUUUAAACUCGCUUUUUAAGAAACAAUGACUUUCAUUUUAUUAAUAAAAAAAAAUUAAGUUAUUUGUUUUAUUAAAAGGAACAUCAUAUUGCUUAAAUGUUGGGUUCACUUUUAUUUUAAUUAUUCUAUGGAAUGAAAAUGGCAGCACUGACGAGAGCCUUACAAGGUUCAAGAAUUUUCAAGUUAAAUGCUUCUCCUGUAUAUCAAGUAUUUCGCAAUCACUGGAACAAAGACUGGAAACCGGGCCCGUACCCUGUCACUAAGGAAGAAAGAGAAGCUGCCGCCAAGAAGUAUGGGCUGUUGCCAGAAGAAUAUGAACCCUAUCCAGAUGAUGGUCUAGGCCAUGGAGACUACCCCAAGUUGCCUGAUAUCGCAGCGGAAUCAAAGGACCCAUACUAUCCCUGGGACUUUCCAGAGCACAAGAGGAAUUUCAAUGAACCACUCCAUGUGGAAGCCGACAUGUAUGGAGAAGAUCGCUUCUACAUCAACGAGCGCCCGAGGUAUUCUGUUUGGACCCAUCUGGGCGUGUUCUUGGCAGUGAUGGGAGGACUGAUGGGCACCUACUACUUCUUUGAAGACAGAAAGUCAUUCCGGCCUGUGCUUCCUAGACAGUAUCCGACCCCAGGAGUGGUGCAUUACACAUUUGAACCUGCUGAGUAGUCAGCGUAACUUGGCGCAAUGGAUUUGUUAAUAUUGCCUACCCAUGAACAAUAAAGUGUGACAGUGAAAAUAGACAUUUUGUAGUGGUGUGUGCGAUUGCUUAAAUUACAUGGCACUCUGAGGUAAAAUACAGUGACUGUCAUUUUUACUUGUUAGUUUCAAUACCUCAAUGCUUUUAGUUUGCAAUACAGAAGAAAUGUGAUAUUUAAUUUUUAUGUAAAUUCAGCUUCUAAAAUUGAUGUAUUUAUUUACAUUAAUAAAUUGUACAGUUUAAAGUUUCAUAAAA